AUGCAUUUGCAUAAUUGGGAGUCUUUAUGUAAGCCUAAAGCUCUUGGGGGUUUGGGAUUUCGUGACUUAAAAAUUUUCAAUCAAGCUCUCCUUGCAAAACAGAUUUGGAGACUUCAUACGAGACCUAACACCCUCACUCAUGCAAUUCUUAAAGCGAAACACUUCAAAAACAGUUCGGUGCUCGAGGCUUUUCGGGGGUACGAUCCAAGUUAUUCCUGGCGAAGCUUGUGGGGCUUAAAAUCCUUACUGUUAGAUGGUCUAAAGUGGCGUGUAGGAACUGGUGUGAACAUUCGGGUAUGGCUUGAUUCAUGGCUGCCUAGGAAACCGUCCACUGCUGUCCCGGUGCAUGAUUCUCACUUUGAUCCGGAAUUAAGGGUGGCUGAUUUGAUCGAUGCUGACUGUGGGGAAUGGAGAAUGGAUGUGCUGCAAUCUCUAUUCUCUGAGCAUGACCGCAAGCUUAUUCUCUAG